AUGAGGAAAUUAUUGAAAUAUGAUCAAGUUGUAGUUCAGAGACCACCUGUGUGGACGGAAUCUUUAAAUACUUAUAUUGAUAAUGUUUUGAAGAAAACUGGAAAUAAUUUUAAGUCAGAAAUAAUACAAAAAAUUGAUGGUGAUGAAAACAACAUGUUUCGCCUUUAUUCAUCAAAAUUAACGAAAACAAUUGCAAACUCUGUUAUUGUUAAGGUCGAUAUAAGAGUUGGAACAAGUGAGAAUCGACAGGCACAAAAUGCUAAGGCAAAACAAUCCGAAAAGAAAAUUGCGCAUGAAAAUUUGAAGUAUUUACAAAAUUUAAAACAAGGUUUCUUGAUUGUCAAUUUAAUAUAUUUUAUAUAUCGAAUACUUUAUCACUAUGACACUUUUACAAUAUGGACAGCAACAAAAUAUAGUUUAACAUUGGCAGUAAGUUUAUUCUUGUGGAAACAAUUGAUUAGCUAUGGUACACCAAGAUAUAGAUAUGAUGGUAGCAUUGAUUGGUCUGGUCAAGAUCUGAAUUCUGAAGGAUUGACCGCAUAUAUGUUUGAUGUGAUAUAUGUUACUUGGUUUGUACAUAUGGCCAGAUUUGCAUUUUAUAAAAUCUGGUCAGUUUUUAUACAACCAUUUGUUAAAGGAUAUUUUGGAGGAGGAUUUGGAGGAAAUAAUUUAGAUGAAUCAACAGCGAAAAAAAGCAAAAGACAACAAAAAUUGGAGAAACAACAACAAGAUGGUGGUGGAAAUUAUUUUGUUUAA